GCUGUGGUGUCUCCGCAGCAGUAGAAGAAGCAGCAGGCUGUAAACGGAGGGAGAUUGAGCAGAGAAACUCAGACCAGAGGAGCUUCAGGUUUCUGGUGUUUUAUAAAGAACUGACAGUGAAUCCACGCUUCAGUCUUCAUCUGUCCUGCAGGCUGUCAGAGAGUUGUGACAUCAUGGAUUAACUUGUGUCUGGUCAUAUCUGAGCUCUGAAGCUUGUGUUCACAAUGAGUGACAUGGAGGACGACACCAUCAUCUUCUCCACUCUGAAAUCCUUUAAGAGUUUGAUCUCUCGCCCUGAGAGUUCCCUGCUGGAGCCCGAGCCCUCUUACGGCAGAAGCGACCUUCAGAAGCUCUACACUCAGAGAGUGGAGAUGGAGGAAGCAGCUGAACGGAUCCACUCGAAGACCAGUCUGCUGCAGCUCACUCAGGAGAAACAGCAGAUGGAGCUGAGCCACAAACGAGCCCGUAUCGAGCUGGAGAAGGAGGCUCAUAACAGCUCCAGGGAUUUACAGAGACAAGUGGACCUGAACCAGGACAUGCUGAUGAAGAUCAGACGUCUGGAGGAGAAAGACGAGAAAACUCUCCAAUCUAUGAAUGAACACUUGGAGAACAACAAAUUCCUGAAGAGGAAUGUCGAGGAACUCCAGAAACAAGUUCAGGAGAAGGACAUCAAGCUGUCAGAAGCCAGUCAGAUGAUGAGUGAGCUCAAGGACGAGAUCCGGACCCUCAACCAGAAGCUACAGAUCCAGGAGUCAAAGUUCUCCACCCAGAAUUUGGAGAAGCAGGCUUUAGAGGAGCAGCUGGAAAUGCAGCAGAAGAAGUACCAGGAGGUGAACCAGAAGUACCAGAACCUGCAGAUGUCUCAGAUCUCCAACACUGAGAGUGAAAUCAAGAUGAAGGAACUGAAGAGGCGUUUGGAGCUCCAGGAGCAGGACUCCAUCAUCAUUAAGAACAUGAAGAGUGAGGUGACCAAGCUUCCUGAACUGAAGAGAGAAAUUAAACAUCUGCAGGAGGAAAAUGCCUACCUCAGAGAAAUGCAGGAGAACAGCAGCCUACUGAAGGAGGAAACCGAGGGGUUAAGGAGGAAGCUGGAGAGGAUGGAGAAGGUUCUAGAGGAGAAGCUAAAGAUAGAACUGGAAAAAGAGAAGUUGGUUGAGGAGCUGCAGGUGUGGGAGAACAUCGGCCAGACCACAGGCCUCAACAUCAGGAAGCCUGAAGACGUGUCCAGGGAGGUGAUGCAGAUCCAACAACGAGAGCUGAGUCUGAAACAACACAACUACACACUGACCAGCACUAUGCGAGCACUGGAGAAGACCCGCGCGCAGCUGCAGUCCGAGACGGCCGAGUGUCGCUCCAAAGCUCUGGAGGAGCAGAAGAAGAGAGAGAACCAGGAUGCGCUGGUCCGCCGGCUGCAGAAGAGAGUCCUGCUCCUCACCAAGGAGCGGGAUGGUAUGAGGGCGAUUCUGGAGUCGUAUGACAGUGAACUAGCAGCCAGUGAGUACUCUCCUCAACUUACACGCAGAGUUAAAGAAGCUGAGGAGAUGCUGCAGAAGAUCCAGAAUCACAACGCUGAGAUGGAGAUUCAGCUGUGUAGAGCACAGGAGGAGGCAGGAACCUUCAAACUAAAGGCUCAACAGGUUGCUGUGGAACUGGAGGCUCUAAAAGAACAGAAGUCUUCUGUUUCUGAGGCGAAUCCCAUAGCAACAGAGGAGGAGAUUCAAUUCUUAAGGCAGAAGGUCGAGGAGCUGGAGUCUGAACGGCAGAAGCUGGAAGAGCAAAACAAUGUUCUGGAAAUGAGAUUAGAACGGCACAACCUGCAGGGAGAUUAUGAUCCCGUAAAGACGAAGGUGGUGCACUUGCGUCUGAACCCCACCAGUGUGGCAAAACAGGAGCGUGUUGAGGAGGUGGAGCAGCUGAAGGUGGAGUGUGAGCGUCUGCGAGAGCGUCUGCGUAAGAUGGAAGCAGGAGGAGCCAUGGCAUCUGACGACACCAUGCUCAUCAUCCCUCCUUCUCAGGAGAUUUUAGAUUUGCGUAAACAGAUGGAGAGCGCUAAGCUGAAGAACCAGCGGCUGAAGGAGGUGUUCCAGAAGAAGAUCCAGGAGUUCCGCACUGCCUGCUAUGUUCUUACCGGGUACCAGAUUGACAUUACAGUGGAGAACCAGUACCGCCUCACCUCAGUGUACGCUGAACGCAUGGAGGACUCGCUACUCUUUAAGGCCAGUGGAGCAGUGGGAACCGGGAACAUGCAGCUCCUGGAGACGGAUUUCUCCCGAACGCUGACCGAGUUGGUGGAUCUGCAUCUGUUCCACCAGAAGAGCAUUCCAGUGUUCCUCAGCGCCGUGACACUCGACCUGUUCAGCCGACAGACUGUUGUUUAAAUCCCUCACACACACACACACACACACACACACACACACACUGAAGCUGAUGUGGAGUCAGAACUGAAUUAUAAUCAGCUGCAUGUUGAUCACUAUUUUAGUUUUUAUAAACUAAAACAGAUGUUGACAGAUGUUUCAGGGCUGGAAUGUGAGCCUUAACCUGCAUUCUUUACAUUCGAGUGUUUAAAACUCUUGGCACCCUGUUCAUCUUUUCCCCAGUGGUUUUGGUCUGAAGUCAGACUGAAGCGUGGGAGAUAAGCAGGUUUAGUGAAGAGCACUGAGCUGGAUCACUCUUUAGGAGUAUUGAUACACGUGAUCACGUGAUAAAUCUCUACACUUCAUUUUCAUCAGAUUCCUCAUGGGUUUCAUCCUCGUCUGUAGAAAAACAUCAUUAAUAUGAUCGUGUUUUUAUUUUUACACUCCAGUUUCCUCAAUAAAGAAGAAUAAAAAAAGUCUAAA